GUACAUAUAUAUAUGUAUUUUGCACUAUUUCUCCUUUUUCUUUCUAUUCAUAUAUUAUCUUCGCUUCUCAUCCGAUUCCCUUUUUCUAUUCUUGAAUUUUUUCACAUAGAUUUCUCCACCCGAUCGAUCUGCUUCUCACAUACUCGGUUAGAUUGUUCAGAAAAUGUCAUCUCCAAGCAAAAGGAGGGAUAUGGAUGUCAUGAAGCUGAUGAUGAGUGACUAUGCUGUGGAACCAAUAAAUGAUGGGAUCAAUGAACUUAAUGUGGAAUUCCACGGUCCAAAAGAAAGUCUAUAUGAAGGUGGCGUAUGGAAAGUCCGUGUGGAGCUUCCUGAUGCUUAUCCAUACAAAUCUCCUUCUAUCGGGUUUCUAAACAGGAUCUUCCACCCAAAUGUUGAUGAACUGUCUGGUUCUGUCUGCUUGGAUGUAAUUAACCAAUCAUGGAGUCCGAUGUUUGAUCUGUUAAAUGUAUUUGAGGUUUUCCUCCCCCAACUUUUGCUAUAUCCAAAUCCUUCGGACCCACUAAAUGGUGAUGCAGCAUCGCUGAUGAUGAAGGAUAAGGAGCAAUAUGAGAAGAAAGUGAAAGAGUACUGUGAGCUAUAUGCAAAGAAGGGAGACAUAAGUGGCACACUCACAGACGACAGUGAUGGAGAUGUAAGCGAUGAUGACAUCAGCGAUGGACGAAGCGAAUCAAGUGAAGAUGUUGCCAGAAAUGCAGACCCAUAAGGACAUAAUCACCAUCGAACUUGAAUAUGAUUAAAAAAAAUGUUGUUAUCCCGACCCUCUUAUUACGGGUUUUGUCACAUAGUUGCUUGUAAAAUUAGAAUGUGUAAUGAAUGCUUAUAAGUUUCACUUGUCACCUUGGAUUUUUGAUGGUGAAUAUAAAUGGGAAUUUGGGAUUUAUCACAAAA